AGGAUCUGGACGGAGGGUCACUCUUUCAAGGUUGAAACAGAGAACACCUGUGAAGAUGACUCCAUCAGCUCUUUCUGCUCUUCUUCUGCUCGCUUGUGCUCUCCCAUUCAAUUCUGCUCAGUCAAGCUGUAGUGGGAGAUGUGGAGAAGAGUAUUACAGGGGUUCCAUGUGCCAGUGUGAUUAUGACUGUCUCACUCACGAGGAGUGCUGUAAGGACUACGAAUCCCAGUGCACCACCAGUGACUCGUGUAAAGGGCGGUGUGGCGAAUCCUUUAAGAGGGGCAGGCAGUGUGACUGUGAUCCCGACUGCGCUCGCUAUAGCAAGUGCUGCCCAGAUUACAAGAGCCAGUGUGGUAUUGAAGACACCAAAAAACCAGCCAGCACAACAACAACGAAGACUAGCUCAUGUAAUAAUGUAAAUGAUGACAAACCAAAAGUAGUUACCACUACAAGCACAAGACCAGCCAGUACAACAACACCGAAGACUAGCUCAUGCGAUAACAUAAUUGAUCACAAACCAAAAGAGCCAGAGCCUCCCCAGAUCCAACCAACUGAGGAGCCAGAGAUGACUCCCAAUCCACAGGAGGAACUAAAUGAAGAUUUGUCAGAUGACCAGCUCAUGCCAUUGGUCACCCCAGAACCAGAACUCCAGGAUGAACAGGGCGAUGAUGUGAAGGGCGAGACCUGGCCAGACCUCCCUGUUCCCUCUCCUGAGGCUGGUCUGGAAGACCCUGAAGCAACCCCUAACCCAGAGGACCCUGAAACUGGUCUGGUGGAUCCAAAGGCAACCCCUAACCCAGAGGACCCUGAAGUAACCCCUAACCCAGAGGACCCUGAAGUAACCCCUAACCCAGAGGACCCUGAAGCUGGUCUGGUGGAUCCAAAGCCAACCCCUAACCCAGAGGACCCUGAAGCUGGUCUGGUGGAUCCAGAAGUAACCUCUAACCCAGAGGACCCUGAGGCAACGCCUAACCAAGAGAGAACCAGUUGGUCAGAGCCAUCUCCGACUGAGCCAGCCCCCUCGGAAACCUCUAAUCCCACCGACCCCUCCGUGGACAUGACCCCUUCACCCACAGACACUGAGACUGACCCUGAGCAGGAGGCCAUUUUAGAGGGGGACUACACAGCCUUCCCUGAGGAAUUGGAUCCAGAGGCAACACCAGGCCCAGAGGGGACCCCACCAGCAGAGGUCAACCUCAACCCCUCCCUUGUCGAACCAGCCAAGGAGGUUCCCACUGAGAAGGAAGACUCCAGUGUUCCUGAGGGACAGCCUGAUUCCAGCAGCAGCCUGUCUGCAUUAGACCAAACUCCCCUUGGAUCCUCCUCUGAGCCCACCCCUGCCGCCCCCCAGCCCUCCAACCAGGUCUUCCCGAGCUCAGAGCCCCAGCCUGGGCCUACUCCUGCAGAGGACACCCUUGAACUCCUACCUGAAGGACAGAGUGAAUUGGACCCUGAGGGUCAGGAGGCAGAAUCUGAGAACACACUGCCAGAGGACUCAGAACCCACACCCUCAAACCUAGAGAAUGCUGCAACCACCCCAGCCGCCAACCCAGCCUCUACCAGCCCCACACAGGGUACACCCUCAGCCUCAGAGGAUCCUGAGGCUACCCCUGCCUCUCCAGACAGCACCACCCCCUGCACCAAGCCUGACCAGACACCCAGUGCCCCUGAAGGAGCUACGCCAAGCUCAGAGCAGGACAGCCCCAAGGAGAAUGCCCCAACAACCACCCCUUCAGACCCACAGGAUCCCAAUGCGGCCUCUGAGGCACCAGCAUCUGAGAGUGGUCCCGAGGAUAAACCUGGCAGAGGGGACACCCCAGAUAGUUCUGAUGACAGUGUCCCCCAGACUGGAGAUCUGGCGAUGCUUCCCACCCCAGAUCCUCUGGCCACAUCCACAGACCCAGCGGGACAUGAAGAGGAAGGAGACGAGGCCGCACCAGAGGAGACCACCACCGACCCCAUGAAGCUCACUCCCGUACCUACCACCAAACCCACCCCCAACAAAACCACGGAGAAACCCAAGCCCAGCAAACCCACAGGGAAUCCCAAACCCAAACCCACCCAGCCCAGCACCCUCACUGAUAUCAACCAAGCUCUGGGCACAGACAACCCCAGGGACUACCAAGCAGAUGAACACGACACCAACAUCUGCAGCGGUCGUCCCGUCAGCGCAGUCACUACGCUGAGGAAUGGGACCGUGGUGGUUUUCAGAGGACACUAUUUCUGGGUGUUGGACAGCAACAGGGUGCCUGGACCUGCCCGUGGGAUCACAGACGUGUGGGGUGUCCCUUCUCCCAUCGACACAGUCUUCACCCGCUGCAACUGCCAGGGCAAGACAUACUUCUUCAAGGGUUCUAAGUACUGGAGGUUCGAGAAUGGCAUGAUGGAGCCCGGCUACCCCAAGCUGAUCAGGGUGGGCUUCAAUGGGCUGCAAGGACAGAUCACGGCUGCCCUGUCUGUGCCUGAGUACCGCAAGAGGAGAGAGUCUGUCUACUUCUUCAAGAGAGGAGGCUUGGUGCAGAAGUAUUCCUACCAGUCUGGAACCAGCCCUACAUGCGGCAGGAAGGUCCACUACUCUGUUUAUACCGUACGCAACCGUGUUGCCAGGCAAGCAGUGCCUCUGCUGGGACAGGAGAUCAACAUCCGUCUGACCUGGAGAGGCUUCCCCUCCACCGUGACCUCCGCCGUGUCCAUCCCCACCCGCAGGAAACAAGAGGGAUACAACUACUACCUCUUCUCACGCUCCAAAUACUACAACGUCAAUAUGGGAGAUGAGCGACCUUUCAUAGCUACUCCCCCGGUGAGCUCCAUUCCCCAGAAGAACUCGGCCAAAGACUUUUUCAACUGUCCAAAGGAAGUUUGA